AUGUCAGAGGUGGACGCCAAAGAGAAGCGCAAGCGCGACUUUGAGCGCAGUCUAGCGGGUCCUAGCGUGGGCAAGGCAGGUCUCGUGCGAGAUCAGACGGAAAUCAACCGAAUCAUCGCCGAAGCCUCCAAGGUGCGGAAAGAUGAGGAGCUCACAGAGAAGAUCACCUGGUUUCGCAACAAGCGAGACAGCCUGAUGCAGGAUGCCUCGCGCGAAAAGCUCGAGACAGAUGCGGAUCGCAUAUUACUCGAAGUAGAGUCCACGAGAGACCUGACCCAGACCAUUAUUCACGUCGAUAUGGACGCAUUUUACGCAUCGGUAGAGGUGUUGAUGGACCCUUCGCUCAAAGGCAAACCGUUUGGUUACGAAGCACGCAAGUUUGGGUGCCGCUCUGGAAUGGCUGGUUUUAUCGCCAAGAAGCUCUGUCCUCACAUCAUCCUUGUUCCUCUCAAUUUUGAUCGCUACAUUGCCGCGAGCAAAUCCGUCCGCGAGGUGCUGCUCCAGUACGACGAGAACCUAAUGAUGGCCAGUCUCGACGAGGGAUAUCUCAAUAUCACCGGGUAUAUGGCAGCCCAUGAUAUGGCGGCGGUCGAUGUCGUCUCGCAGCUUCGAGCACAGGUCGAGGAAAAGACGCAGCUCACGAUCUCCGCUGGGAUCGCACCAAAUCGGAUGCUCGCCAAGAUUUGCUCGGACAAGAACAAGCCUAAUGGGCAGUUUCUCUUGGAUUUUGACCGCAACGUCAUCACAAGGUUCAUGCGGGAUUUGCCCGUGCGCAAGAUACCAGGCUUUGGGCGAGUAACGGAGCGCUGCCUGGAGGGUCUAGGUGUGGAGCUGAUGCAGACCUGCGGCGAUAUCUACACGCACCGAGCCGAGCUCCUGGUGAUGGAUCAUUGGUUCAACUUUCGGAACCUCAGCAAAGCAUACCUUGGGAUUGCAGACAACAAGGUUGCGCCAGGGAAGCGAGAGGAGCGGAAGAGCGUCGGUGUUGAGCGGACUUUCCGAGACAAGACCGACAACGAGGAGAUUCUCGCCGAGCUGGCCAAUAUUGCCGAGGAACUGGAAAAGGAUAUGACUACCCUGCAGUAUGCUGGCAAGACUGUUACUGUCAAGUACAAGCUUCACACCUAUGUCAACAAAACUCGAGCUCAGUCGGUCAAGCGAUACAUUUCGACUUCAGCCGAGAUUCUUCCUAUCGCCCAGGAGCUCCUGCGCAGAGAAUUGCCCUUGCGUAUUCGCCUACUCGGGAUACGCAUGUCAACAUUGAAGGAUCUUACCGUUCCCGAGAGCGACGGUAUACAAAAGUUUUUCGCAAAGACGUCGGCAAAAACUCGAGAACCAACGCCCGAGCCUAUCGAUCUUUCCCUCGAGGACGACGACGACGAGCUGGAGGAAGGCGACUUUGUACCCCCUGUCACCAAAGAUCACCUUCUCGGACCGGUCUGCCCAAUCUGCGGCAAAGCCCUCGGGCCCGGGACGUCCAAUCAGGACCUCAACGAGCACAUAGACUGGUGUCUGAAUAAGGACGCUAUUGGCGAGGCGAAAAAGCGGACACCAAAGAAGCCAAAGAAGGACCCAGACAAGAAGGAGCCAAAGGGGAGUAUGAUGGCGUGGCUGAAGGGGAAGUAG